UCGUUUUAUUUUAUGACCAUAUCUAUCUAAGUGCGCACAUGUUUUGGUGUUUUGUUGCUACUUUUUAAAUAAAUAAAGCAUUAAUUGACUGAAUUCUAUUGAUGCUAAUCACAAUAUGAAAGUGAAAAUGAUAAGUCGCAACCCGGACAACUAUGUCCGGGAAACCAAACUGCAGCAACAUAAAAUUCCACGUAAUUACGAUCCUGCUCUGCAUCCUAUGGAGGGUCCUCGCGAAUAUGUGCGCGCCCUGAAUGCCACCAAGUUGGAUCGUGUGUUUGCCAAGCCGUUCCUAUGCAAUUUGAGCGGUCAUCGCGAUGGCGUCGCUUGCUUUGGCAAGCACCCCAAGCUGCUGUCCACGCUCGCCACCGGCGCCUACGAUGGCGAGGUUCGCAUUUGGGAUCUGGCCAAUCGCACCAGCCAGCGCAGCUUUGUGGCCCACGAUGGCUUUGUACGUGGCAUUGCGUAUGCACGGAACGGAGAACGUUUGUUCACUGUGGGCGAUGACAAGACGAUCAAGGUGUGGAGAACCGAGGCACCGGAUGUAGGCGAGGAGGAGGAACCGGUUAAUACAAUAUUGAGUCGUCACAUAUUGCAUGGCAUUUCGCACAAUCGCAAAGACAACAGCUUCGCCACCUGCGGCGAGGUCUGCGCCAUUUGGGAUGAACAGCACAACGAUCCCAUCAAGACUCUGAAAUGGGGCGUCGACACGCUACACACCAUUUCCUACAACCCGGUGGAGACAAAUGUGCUGGCGUGCUGUGCCAGCGAUCGCAGCAUCAUUUUAUACGAUCAACGUGAGGCGCUGCCGCUGCGCAAAGUUGUCCUGACCAUGAAGAGCAACAAACUGGCCUGGAAUCCCAUGGAGGCCUUCAACUUUACCGUGGCCAACGAGGAUUGCAAUCUCUACAGCUUUGAUACGCGCAAACUGCAGUCACCUCUUAAGGUGCACUUCGAUCAUGUCUCGGCUGUCACGGAUGUGGACUAUGCGCCCACGGGCAAAGAGUUUGUCUCGGGUAGUUACGAUAAGACUGUACGCCUCUAUAAUGCACAUCUCAGCCACUCUCGUGACAUUUAUCACACCAAGCGAAUGCAGCAUGUGGUCUGCGUUGCCUGGUCACUGGACAAUCGUUACAUUUUCUCCGGCUCGGAUGAAAUGAAUGUGCGCAUGUGGAAGGCGAAUGCGUCAGAGAAACUGGGCGUGAUACGUCCCCGCGAGCGGACCAACUUCAACUACCAGGAGGCACUCAAGGAGAAGUAUGCAGCUCAUCCACAAAUCAAACGAAUUGCACGUCAUCGACAGGUGCCGCGUCAUGUGAUGAAUGCACAGCGGAAGAUGCGUGCGGUCAAGGAGAAGGAGCUGGUCAAGGAGGCCAAUAUACGCAAGCACUCGAAGAAGGGCAAAGUGCCCUUUGUCAGCGAGAAGAAGAAGCAUGUCAUUCGCGAGGAUGUUUAAUAAUUGUAGAUAUUUUAGUUUUAACGUAAAAUAUAUAAAUAUACAAUUCAAAUUGCAA